AUGGAUAUUGUGAUGAGCACAAAUCCUAGUAGCUAUUUGCGUCUUGACUAUAACCAUCAAAGUGGGCGAUUCAAGAGGUUUUUUGUUGCUUUUAAUGCUUUUAUUCAAGGGUUUAGGCAUUGCCGUCCUAUAUUGUUUAUCGAUGGAACUUUUUUGAAGGGGAAAUAUAAGGGUACCUUGUUAACAGCUACAGCGAAGGAUAGGGGAUCAAGACCAAUUACCUUCAUAUCUGAUCGGAACGCUGGACUUUUGGAGGCUUUACCCAAGGUUUUACCUACUGCUUACCACUAUUUUUGUCUCCAACACUUAAAGGCCAAUUUGAGGGAGAGGUUCUCUGAUCCAAGUUUCAGCAAUACUUUUAGGAGUAGAAUAGUUUUUUUAUUUACUUCAUGUGCUUAUGCUCCAACAGUGGAAUGUUUUAAUCAAUGUUUGAAAGAAUUACAAGAUGAGGGAAAAAUGAUCGUUUGUAGGUUUCUAUCCAAUUUUCCCUAUGACAAGUGGGCUAAUGCAUAUUUUAAAGGACAAAAAUACGGUGAAAUGCACUUAAAUAUGGCAAAGUCUUUCAAUUCAUGGAUCCGUCAAGCUCGUUUUUUGCCUACUACGAAGAUGAUUGAUUCAAUUAGGUUUAAGAUCAUGGAUUUGAUGUCGAGAAGGAGAGAACAAGCUAAGAAAUGGAAUACUUUUCUUUGUCCGGAGAUGGAUUCAACAUUAGUAAAUGCUCUUAAAAGUAGAAGAACUUGGUUGAUUAGUCGUUCAAGUGAUCAUGUUUUUGAGGUUCAAUCCCGGCCAUCGGUUAGUGUUGACCUCUUGAAUAGAACUUGCUCAUGUUACCAAUGGCAAUUGAAUGGAUUUGUUUGUGCUCACGCGGCGACUGCUAUCCAAAAUAGCAGAGGUGAUUUGUAUGCACAUGUGGAACCAUUUUAUCACACUAGUAAGUUUAAAGCUUGCUAUGCUGAGUCCGUUUAUCCAAUACCCACUGUUGAGAAACCUUUUAUAGCUAUGGAUGAUCUUGUUGUCCUUCUUCCAAUUUGUAAGAAGCCACCUGGUAGGCCAAGGAAGAAUAGGAUUCUAUCCAGGGGUGAGAAGAUAAGACAACUACAGCGUGAUAGAUAUGAGAAGUACGGUCAUAAUAGGAAGACUUGCAAGGAGACAUUGCCAUGA